GUCUUGAAUCCAUUGACUAGUCAUAUUCCACGCCUCGAAAGAGACCGCUUAAUAUAUCCCUUAAAAUUAACGUUUUAAAAUCUCCUUCCCAUUUUAUUCUUAAAUAAUAAUUAUAAGUAAGAAAUGUGUGGCUAGAUCGCCAGCUUUAUAAAAUUCUUUGAAUAAUUUGCAAACGAGAAUAUGUCUUUACACCCAGAGGGAAGCGAAGACGAGACAGUUCUCCUUACUCCAAAAUUCCUUCGCAAAGCAUCUCGAUACAACAGAAGUGCCCAAGCAACACCGUCUUUAAUCACCUCGGGAGUGUUUGGUCCUUUUUCUGAGGAAGUCCUGCGAGUUUGGAGCCAACUUCCUGACGCCAUUCGUUUAGAUCCCAGUUUGGCCGCUUUCCAAAAGGAAUAUGAAAAAAUAGUGGAAAAUGACGAGAAAAGAAUUUGUGGACAUGGCACUGAUGAAGAGGAUCCACACGAUGCAGGAUCGACACACGACCACAUUCACGAAGGGAAACAGAAACCUGUGUACCGAUACGUCAAAUUAAUCCUACUCAUAUGCUGCUGGUUAAUAUUUACAAUUAUUCUGAUGACAAAAAGCGAGAAAGUGGAGGUGAUGCGUCAAAUGUCCGUACCCAGCAAUCAGACAAGAAAUUACAUCUUCACGGAGCCUCUUCAGAGCGACCUGGUGAGCAUAACUUUGGAGGGUUCUUUUCUCCCUGUCAAUGCAAAUCUGUCAAAAUACACCCUGACGGUAUGGCUGGAGCUCGUGGACGUAGAGAAGAACAAUGGCGACGGUACAUCAUACGAACGUGGCAGAUGUCUGAAGAAUAUAAGCGAGCCGUGGAUCCUGCAUCUCUUGCCAGAAGAUUUACUGAACAUCUUUCCCAAUCAGAGACGGCAUAAUGUCUUCCAUCUUGAAGGACUCGAGGAGAACUUGCCAGAAAGCGUUGUGGCUAUGAAUCUGCGGACAAAUUUGCUGGCGAGUUUCCCGGUGUCAGUGGGAUAUGAUGUUUCCCCGAUAGACACAAAAGAUGGCACGGUUUAUGGAGCCAUUGUCUUAUUAGGACUAUAUGUUCUAAUAGUGUUCGAGGUCGUCCAUAGAGCACUCGCAGCCAUGUUGGCGUCGACCAUGUCGGUCGCCAUUUUGGCAGCUCUGAACGAGAGACCUACCAUGGGCGAGUUGAUUUCCUGGAUAGACGUGGAUACUCUGCUGCUCUUAUUUUCCAUGAUGGUGCUCGUGGCCAUUUUCGCGGAAACUGGGAUUUUCGACUACCUUUCCGUGUAUGCCUACAAGAUUACAGGAGGGAAGCUGUGGCCGUUGGUUAACACUCUUUGUUUCUUCACGGCAUUCAUAUCCUUGUUUCUGGAUAACGUAACGACGGUGCUCUUGAUGACCCCAGUUACCAUCAGAUUAUGCGAGGUCAUGGAAUUAAAUCCAGUGCCCAUCUUGACUGCCAUGGUGGUUUACUCGAAUAUUGGCGGCGCCAUUACUCCAAUCGGCGACCCACCUAAUGUCAUUAUCGCGUCGAAUAAACAUGUCAUGAAUGCAGGCGUUGAUUUCACCACCUUCGUCAUCCACAUGGGCAUAGGAGUGAUUCUCGUGCUUUUUGUAGUCUAUGCCCAAUUGAGAUUCAUUUUUCGUGACGUAUCAGCACUCAGGUUUGACGAGCCUCAAGAUGUCCAGGAACUAAGGCACGAAAUUGCGAUCUGGCAAAGAGCGGCUGCGAGUUUAUCGAGUUACAGCAAAGAUGAAGGCCUGGUCCGCGAAACUUUGAUGAAGAAGGUGCGACGACUACUGUCGGAGCUGAAGAAAAAAUUGAUAACCGGAAGUGUGGCCUUGGAGAAUUAUAAGACCACCCUCGAGGAACUUCAAGAAAGGUAUCCGAUCAGGGACAAGUGGCUGCUAAUAAAGUCUGGAUUCACCCUGAUUUUCGUCAUUACUCUCUUCUUCCUGCACAGCAUCCCAAAUUUCAACUUGUCAUUGGGAUGGACUGCUUUAUUAGGAGUUAUUCUUCUUCUGGUCCUCGCAGACUCCGCUGAUCUGGAUGGUUUAAUGGCGCGAGUCGAAUGGAGCACGUUAUUGUUCUUCGCAGCUUUGUUUAUAUUAAUGGAGGCACUCUCGCGGUUGGGCUUAAUCGCCUGGAUUGGAAGGCAAACCGAGAAAAUCAUCUUGUCCGUCGACGAGGACUCUAGAUUAGCCGUGGCCAUUCUUUUGAUUCUUUGGGUUUCCGCCGUGGCUAGUGCUUUCGUUGACAAUGUCCCAUUGUCUACAAUGAUGGUCAGGAUUGCGACCAAUUUGGCGGAAAAGAAGGAACUUGGCCUGCCAUUGCAACCUCUGGUUUGGGCUCUCGCCUUUGGUGCUUGCAUGGGGGGAAAUGGAACUCUCAUUGGAGCUACUGCCAAUGUCGUCUGCGCUGGAGUCGCUGAACAACAUGGAUACAAAUUCACAUUUGUGCAGUUCUUUAAAGUUGGAUUUCCCGUCAUGAUUACCAGCACAGCGAUUGUGUCGGUGUAUCUGAUGAUCGCUCAUGUGGUUUUCGAGUGGAACGGAUAAAGGUCGAACAACAGCCUUAACAUUUAUUUUUUACGGCGACCGUGAAUGUCUUAUGACGAAUUGACGUCGCCAUUAUCACAUGAAAGUCAUUCAUGUCCGCCAAUAUACUCCAGCAUCUAAUUUUAGAUGUAAAGGUCCGUUUCAUACUUCGCACUUAGCGUUAAAAAAUGUCUCCUAUCAGUGACCCUUAAGGUGGUAUCAAAGUGUCGUCUCGUUUCAAACAAAUUACGGCGAUGUAAAAUCUGGGAAUUUUACUUCACAAUAUAUGUAGAUUCCAGUAUUUAAGAAUUAUUAAGUGAACGGUAUUUAAUUUUAAUUCGCUAUGUUAUUAUUUGUAGAUCGUUCUCACCGGAGCAUGUAGUAUCUGGGAUAAUUGAUACUAUCUUAUUUAUUUUAUUUAUUAUUUAUUCUUCAGUAUCUUACUAUGUAACAUACAUGUAUAUCGGAAUAUCUUUGCGGUUAAUAUAAGUCUUCUUUAGUA